AUGUGCGAAGGUAGCACACGUGGGCUCGCGUCACUUCCGGGCACGCCUCCAGCCAAUCGGCGUCCGCCACAGCGGGCUCAGCUAAAGCGUGGCAGGGGCCGGCCGGGGAAACGGAGGAGGCGGGUCUCCAUAGAAACCUCCACCUGUUUCCGGCCAGCCUGUACAAGAUCAGGGGCUGCAGCGGGGGCCAAUCAGUCGCUCGCUCCUUCCCGGCGGCCCCUGCGGGAGCGGUGGGUGUUGUACACAAUCAUCAUGGCGGCGGCCGGGGCCCCGGAUGGUGAGUGCGGGCUGGUGGACCUGAAGAUCGUGUGGAACAAGACCAAGCACGACGUGAGGGUUCCUCUGGACAGCACGGGCUCGGAGCUGAAGCAGAAGAUCCACGCCAUCACGGGACUCCCGCCCGCCAUGCAGAAGGUCAUGUAUAAGGGGCUCGUCCCUGAAGACAAGACGUUGAGAGAAAUCAAGGUGACCGGUGGGGCCAAGAUCAUGGUGGUUGGCUCCACGAUAAACGAUGUUUUAGCAGUUAACACGCCCAAAGAUGCUUCGCAGCAGGACGCCACGGCUGACGAGAACAAGAAGGAGCCCCUCUGCAGGCAGAAACAACACAGGAAAGUGUUGGAUAAAGGAAAACCUGAAGACGUGAUGCCUUCUGUUAGGGGUGUCCAGGAGCGCCUGCCAGCAGUCCCUCUGUCCGGCAUGUACAACAAGUCUGGGGGAAAAGUGAGGCUCACCUUUAAGCUAGAACAGGACCAGCUGUGGAUCGGCACUAAAGAGCGGACCGAGAAAUUGCCCAUGGGCUCCAUUAAAAACGUGGUCAGUGAGCCUAUCGAAGGACAUGAGGACUACCACAUGAUGGCAUUUCAGUUGGGCCCCACGGAAGCCUCUUACUACUGGGUGUACUGGGUUCCAACUCAAUACGUGGACGCAAUCAAAGACACUGUGCUGGGCAAGUGGCAGUAUUUUUGAAAGCACUUUCACCUCUGGCCCAGGAAACUGACCCAAAGUGAAGGACCUUGCGGGAGAGGCCUGCAGCAUCCUGGAUCUGAGUUCUGGAACUUUGUUCACAUAAACCGUCUCUGCGCAGUCUGCGGUCAUGUGGGGACUGAAGCCAGAGGUGAUGUACUUGCACCAUUAGCUUAAUUUUAACUUAAAAUCACCAGUUCCCUUUCUUGCAGUCAGCUUCAUACCGUUUUUAAAGUCAGUACCAUGGAAAUCAAUAAAUCUGAAUUCCGAACACAUCUGGAAUACUCUACAAUCUGUUUAUGAGAGUAGAUCUGCCGAUUGAUGUUGAGAAGGGAAUCAAAAGCUUUGUUUAAUUUUUUGCUUUUAAAUGAUUUCAACUGAGAUAUUUUCAUAAAUCUUUGGUUGCAAGCAUUUGGACUGCAUUGUGCUAAGUUGGGGUGUUUUCUUUUUCUUUCCUGAUGUAAAAUUGUAUGCAAAAUAGGGGUUUUAGUAAGCCAUAUUUUCCUGUCCAUCGAUUCAGAUUUCAUUCUCUCCCUUUUUAAUUUUCUCACUUCCUUUAGAUUUGAGUUUUCAUUUAAAAAACCCAAAGAUACCAGUUCCUCUUUCGGUACCUCAUCCGCGCCUCUUCCCUGUGCUUCUCCCCGUGUGGCCACUGCUGCUUGGGGCAGUGCGGCAGAGCAGGCGCCAGGAGGUCUUGGUCAGGGAGCCUCCCUGCCGCAGUGUCUGUGGGCAGCAGAGUCCCGCAAGGACUCCCACCUGCCGCCUUGCCCUGGGACCCGGCUCCCCGAGCCGCAGCUCCAGCAGGAGCAGGUGAAGUUGGUCGGCGCAGCACUGCGGCCGCAGAGCGAGAGACCUGUUUUCUUUGCAAGUUUCAAGAAGCUCUUACACAGUUCAGUGAUGCUGUGCUCCUGCGUCCGCGUCAUCCUUCUGCCUGUGCGUUCGUGAGUUGAAGUGUCCUUUGCCCUGGGCCCAGAGCCGCUGCCUGUGCAGCACAAGGACAUCUGCGCUGUGGUGUGGCUGGUGGCACCGGCCGGCAGGAGCA